AGAUCUAUGUUUACACUUUCACAGGUGGCUGUUGAGAUUGAUAGAGACAUCUGUCAAUAAAACAGUAAUUGGAAAUGAAGGUGAAAAGGAAUGUAAUAGCUCAACAAUGAACAUUUAUCAUACUUGAUAAUGUUGGCUGUCGCAUUUAUGAUGUUCCGCUAGAUGAAGAUGUGGACGUUUAUCUGCUGAAAGGGUGCAACAUCGAUCGAAUCCAGGUAUUUUCAAGGGCGCAAAUCACCUACAGAAUUAUGUCUCAUUCUUUUUGGAUACUAUUCGUUUCAGUUAUUACAUCCUUGACAUCGGUGCUCUCUGAUGGGAUACAGGAUAGCAGUGCAUUCUGCAAUAAGCCGCAACUCGAGAUUUGGAUCUCAUCGCUUCCUACUAAAGAACUUGUGAUUUACUGGAACUUUGCCAUAGAUUAUCCGGGUGGCUGGAUCGGAAUCUACUCUCAAGCACCUAUCAAAGACUCUUCCGAACAUCUAGUGUAUAAAAAAAUACCUUUGAAUGAGACAUCAGGGGCCGUAUUGACUGACGUCAAAUUGACGGGUGUUAUUUUAGAUACGGAUUUGAAGUUCGAUUCUCCAACGUAUCUCGGCUACAUGGCUGUGGCCUGGAAGAAGAAUAAUGGAAAGGAUCAAGCAAUAGUUGCUACUCAGUUACAAACUUACCCGCAAUGGAUGAAGCAUUAUUGGAAGUACAUCAAAGAUGUGCCAAUGAAUGAGAUAUUUCUACCAGGCACACACGACUCUUGCAGCUAUGAAGGCAUUAUGAACUCAUGCGAUGAAGACAAUAGCAGUAACCAGCUAUCAACUGACAUCACUUCGAAAGCAAAGUCAUUUUUCGACAGUACUUUGCGAUGGCUCAAAAAACUUCCUAUUAUUGAAGACUGGUCCAUAACUCAGAAUGAGAAUAUAAGAGAGCAAUUGAUAUCAGGCAUACGAUACCUUGAUGUACGUGUGAAGAAAGACUCGAAAGGCUACUGGACUACUCAUGGAUAUAUUACUAUGGAGAAGCUCGAUGUGAUUCUAGCACAGGUUGUUGAAUUUGUAUCGAAUACUGAGAAAGAGAUUGUGAUAAUUGAUAUCCAUCAGCUACAAUCUGGCAUUUCUAGCCAACAGGACCAUUAUGACUUUGUGAAUUACUUGAAGAGUAAAUUGACGGUGGAUGGCAGAGAGGUGUGGGUAAAUCCAAACGCUAUUGAAGGCAUUCUUUGGAGGGCAACUCCUGAGAAAAUAAUUGAAAAUGGAAAAAUCAUCAUCGCUUACCCAGAUAACGACUUCCGGGAUAACCAUGACUUGGAUAUCCUUUGGCCAAAAGUUCAUCAGUAUUGGGGCAACAAACAAAACAUUGAUGAUCUUCGAAAAUAUAUACUAGAAAACAUAAGUGAACGAAAAAACCAAGGAAGCUAUAAGUACACAUUGACAGCUGUGAUGGCGCAACUCACUGGGAAUCUGCGGAAGAUACUAGAUAACAUGUCUGAUGGCCUGAGUGCCCAAGCGGUUGAGAAUUGCAAGAAGAUUCACGACCUCUUCCUCGACGCCGACCUGAGUCUGGACACCAACGUGCUAGCCGUUGACUUCUUCCGAAUCAUGGGAGUUGUAAGAUUGGCAUUCAUAUGGAACGAGCGAAUCUAUUACAAGACAACAUGCGAUCCCCGAGAAACCUACUCAGAUUCCUAUUACCAGAAAAUUCUGAAUCCUUAGAAGUCGCUGCAUGUUUCACUGAUAAAUAGCUUUAAUAAAUCCGAAAUUUAAUCAAUGA